UUUACCUUUAAAGCAGCUGAAAAGGUAGUUCUGCAGACCAACACCUGUUUUAGCUUCAGCUGGGUGGUGACAGGGCACACUGGAAAUAUGUCUUGCUAAAGGAAAUGCUGGAGACCUGAGCAGAGCACAGCAGGGGAUUUGAGCAAAGAUGAAGAAGAAUCAGUCUGUGCAGGGGACGUUUAGCAAACUCUUUGGGAAGAAACAUGCCAACAACAUCUCCCUCUAUGCCACAAAUCCACCCUGGAUCUUCACACAAGAGGUCACUUCUGAGGGCAAAGGUGGUCCUGGCGAUGUUGUUGAACUGUACUAUGAGGAUAAUCGUGUUACUACAGUGACUGAUUCUGGAACAGCAACGCUUAAGCCUCGGCCAAGAGUCCGACCAUUACUGACAUUCAUGCCCCUUAACACCCAGGAGACACAUGGAGUGGUUGUGCCAACCCCUUCUGUGCCAGAGGGCUUUGAAGAAAAAGCAUCUCUAGGCCUUAGGCCCCAAAUCAAUGGAAGCUACAGAAUGUACAAGUCAGUUGGAGACCUGCGGCCAAAAGCUUUUGAGAGAGACUAUCUGGACAAUGAUAUUCCUCCACCUCCUUCAAUGGCCCCACCCCCACCUCCACCCUCCAUGACACCCCCACCCCCACCGAUGGAAAUACCACUGCCUCCGUUGUGCACGGCACCUCCUCCACCACCGCCACUGCCACCACCACUACCUCCAACAGCAGCAUCUCCGCGAUCCGUGGUGCCACCUCUGCUUUCGUCUUCAACCUUAUCCUCUCCCAGCCCACUGUUCCCUCCGGAUUUCAUUCCUCCAGCACCUCCACUUGCCUUUUUGGUGCCUCCGGCACCUCCUCUGCCACCUCCAGCACCUCCCGUGCUUCAUACUCCCACCUCGAACGGUGUCUCCAAGUGGAAAUCGGAAACUGUUCUGAACAUGAGGCAGACAGACGCCAGGGAAGAUGCUAGCGCCUCCUCUCUCACUGUCCCCACUCCACCAGCCUCUCGCCGGAAAGAAGAGUCGCCGACCAAGUCCAUCCCAGAACCUCACCUAACUUUCCCCAGAUCAUUAAAAGUCCCUCCCGCUGCCCCGGUGAGAACUUCAUCCAUUUCCAUGGAAGAAAAAGAUUCCUGUGAGGAAGAUGGGCCUAUUUCCAGGCAGCCUCGCACCCGCCCCCCCCUUCCGCCGAGCUUUACCAUAAGACCUGCAGCAAAAGUGCACUUAGCUGGAGAAGCUGAGCAGAAAUCUACCUUGGAUAGGCAGAUAGUAACAAAGCCUGUCAGACAAAUCACAGAACCUGCGAGCCCAAGACCAGGGUCAGACUGUGGCAAAGGGACUAAUUUUAAUAGCCAUCAGUCCUCCUUGUCAGAGGCAGCAAAUGUCCCGCUGGAGAAAGCUGAAAAGGACUUGGGUCCAAAAUCUGAGCUUCCUGCUGCAGAGGAGGAACCGGAUGAGCCCUCUCCAGACUACACCUCAUCUGAUGAUGACUGGAAGGAACCCAGUAAUCUAAACAGGCUGAAGCAAGAACUGUCAGUCCUGCUCUCCUCUUCUUCGAAAAGGGAGGAGAGACAGCUAGAUAAAUCCAUAACUGCCAGACCUACCAACAGUAUUACUGAUCAUGCUAGCAAUGAUAGGUUUAGCUCUGUUGGGUCAAAACAAGCUAAACCUACUUUGAAGGAUCCACAGUUACCAGCAGGGGGGGAAAGUGAGAGGAAAGAGAAGAUACCUACUAAUUCACUCACUACAAAAGAGAACUCUUCCUCCGUUUUCUCUGCUCCAGGAAAUAAACCCACCAGCACGCAAGCAAACAGUGUUAUGAAAUUCAGGAACGAGCUAGAAGCACUACUCUCCCCAACAAAGGAAGGUAAACCACCAACAGGAGUUACAAAUCACAGACACAGUCCAUGCACAAACAGAGUUACCUUGAAUUCUGGAAGCAGCCAGACAAAUUCUGGUGACUCCAGGCUGUCAAAACCUGUAGCCAAUCAGCUCCCACCCACAGCAGCUUCAGUGGAAGUUGAGAAGAUGCAGGAGGAUCCUAAGACUCCCAUUGCCCUCACCAGUAAUAAGACUUUGGAGAAAUUAAAUCCUGUUCCAGGAUACCUGCUGUCUGACCACAUUCGGAAGUCUCCAGACCCACCUCAGAAACCAAAGGACCAACUCUUUGUUCUAGCCUCCUCUUCACUCUCCUCUAGGGAGGCUACCUCUCCCACACAAACCUCUGGGCCACACACAGACUUUUCUCUUGUCCAAUACAAGACCCAUCGGGCCAAGACUAGCUCCACAGACAGUGUGUCCUCUCUGACCCCCUUCCAAACUGUGGAGGAGGGGCCAGUCAGUACAAACAAACAUGAUGCAGAAAGAGGCACAAACCUGUGUUCGGCUGAGAAGCCAGGGGUGCCUUCACAGCCAUCCUCUUCCUCCAUGAAUGCAGACCAGGAGGAUGACGAUGCCCUGAUCCACCCUGUCACAGGAGAAAAGGUGGAGAAAGGCUCUCCAAUGGCUCUCCUCCUGGCCGCAAAACAGCGGGCCCAAAGAGGCAGGCAAUCUGCCUCCCGCCAGAACAGUUAUUUGUCCAAAAAGCACCCCCUUAAGCCAUCCGAGAAAUCCAGUAGCGGCAGCAGCAGCCAGUCAGGAAGUGGCUUGACCAACUUCUACUUCAGUGAAUCCAAGCCCUACUCUUUUGUGGUGGUACCAAAGUCUCCACAGAAGGCAUCCCCUGCCCUGUUGAAGGGCAAGCAGCAUGACGGGAUGGUCACACCUGAAGGCAAGGCACUGGGCUUCUCGGAACCAGGACAGAGGGCCUACAAACCACUGUCGUUCUCCAGCACUUCUGAGCAAAGCCAGAGCAUGCAGAAAACUAGCGCUGGGGAGUUCCAGAGCCUUUCCAAGCCAGAGAGGUUUGGUGCCUCCAGUUUAGUUCAAGGCCUCUUGGAGUCCAGCCACUUGAGACUGCAAGACCUGCCCCCCAAACCUGACCUUCCCCUGUAUGCUCUCUCUUCACCUCCUAGCUCCUUGCCCAAGGAGGAGGAAGAGAAUGGAGAGAAGUUUGACUACGAGAUCAUCCCACCACCACCAGAGUUCAGCAAUGACUCCAACAGGGUCGAGGAUGCUUCUUCAAAUGUGGCAGAGAGCUGCAGAGACCCCAGUUUCCCAGAUUACAGCCAACCCUGGGAAAGGCAGCAGAAUAUCCGACGCCCAAGCUACAGCUAUGGUAACAGUUACGCCCUGCCCUCCAAAAUGGCCCCAGACAGCAGCACGAGGACUAGCGGCUUCAGUCAACAUUACCCAGGUGGCAGUUACUCCACUGGCCCUCCUGUCUGCCACCCAGACAGCCGCCCGCUGAUCAAGAAACGCCUGUACGUGUCUGAACCCGACAGGUCCUACACGAGAACAUCCACAUCCUCCAGGAACGUUAGCACACCCGUGACCUAUGGCCACAACAUAGUGGGGUAUGGCUCCCAGGCUGCGGAGGGGAUGUGCUGGGUCAGCUCCACCCACAGGAGUACCCCCAGCAGCACGCAGGGCAGGCGGAUGUCACUGGACCCCCCUGGGAAAACUAUGUCCUAUAGCAACACCAUGAACAACGCCAAGUAUAAAGGGCAGAAUGGGGACUACUCUGGAGCCAGUGCAGCAGCAACCAGUAGGCCUACCCAGGGCAACCCAGAGUACAGUUCUCCUGUGAACACCUUCACUGUCAGGCCUGGGACACGGCAACCGAUUUCCUACACGCACCAAGGUAGCCAUCGAUAAGUUGGUUCCAGAGGCUGCUUUGCUUCCUCCAGUUACAUAAACCCCACAAGCCUGUUGCAACGUGGCGUGAUACAGGAUGGACCUUGACGUGUCAGUAAUGAUGAAGUCAAUCCAGGAAUAGUUCUGUAGGAGCAUAAGAGUCUACCAUGGAUCCUGGAGUAUCCUGUAAAUGCACUGCUUGUAAAUUAUUGGGGGUGAGGGUGAGACUAAAACCCUUCUCAAAAAACAGAUAUGGAGAGUAGUUACUGGAGAGGACCAGUUGCUGUACUGUUAUCUUGGGGGAAUGCCUUAUCUCUCCCCCCACAGGACUAUUAGGUAAAUGCUUUAGCCUAUUAGGGCUUUUAAAAUGUAAAAGAACAUGCCCUGCAUGCUGUUUAAAAGCACGUGAUACAAAAUUACUCGUUUAGUGAUUUUCUUUUGUUAAAUUCAGUUUUAAACCUACUUUAAAUGCAAUUUAUUUGGAAGGGGGGAAAAGCUCCACUGGGAACCUGCAUGACAAGGGGAAGGUGAUAUGCUAAAAAUAGGAUGUAGAAAUAGGGAGCUUUAACAGAACAGUCAGACGUGAUCAGGGCAGAGGAUGGAGGAUCUGGAAUUUAGCUCUGCCACAGAUUCCCUCACUAGCCUUGGGCACGUCAAUUAGCUGCAUGUUUUCAAAAGUGGCUUUUGAUUUUUGAGGGCCUGUCUUGACCCCCAAGGUCAUGGAAGAUGUAGGUGCUUCAGCAUUUCAGGAAAAAAAAAAUCACCUUUGGGCUCUCUCAUUGAGCAGCCAGAAAUGGAAGUGUGCAAGUUUAAAAGCCACUUCUGAAAAUUUGGGCCUUAAUGUCUUGUCUUCAUUUAGCCUAUUUGUAAAUGGUGCUAAUGCUAAUGACCACCUGCUUCAGAGGCCUGCUGAGAGGAUUAACUGGUUCAGGUUUGUAAAGUGCUUUGUCCUUAAAUUCUGUCCGUACUAAUGGACAUCACUGUGACUUACAAACUAUGUAGAGUUUACAGUUCUCUUGUCCCUCAGACGAAUGCCUCUAUAAAUGCCCCAUUCCAAACAGUUAAGCAACUUUUUUUUUCCUAUAAAUUCAUCUCUCAUAAAGGAUGUGGUUUUAGUUUUAGCCUACUUUGGGGUCAGCUAAUUUUUAAUGUAGUCCUUAAGUAGCUGACACUGUCUUUGGUAGUGUGCCAGUAGUAAAAUAUUAGUGGUUUAUAGCAUAGUCUGUUUUUAGCUAUUUCUGUAAAUGUAUUACAGAUGCACUCUUACCAUCUCAUCAGGCAAGCAUGCUGCAUUGUGUCUGCUUUCUUCCAGUUCAAAAAUCUAUCUGAAACAAAGGUUAUCCAAAUGAGAUGGAAGCUAUGAAAGUAACUGUAGGUAAAUGGGCAGCUCAAAUCUCUCUCUUAUAUAUACACACACAUAUAUACACCCCCCCCCUCAUUUUACAUAACCAAAGUUUGGUUAGCUAAUUUAGUUGGUAAAAGAUAUGUAAACAAAACAAAUCUAGUAUCAAAAUAAACUAAUUAAAAUGACUAAAAUAAAUGUGUAAACAUGUAGAACGUAUUUUCUAGUUAUGGACAUCAAACAAAAAGCACUUUGAGACUUUUUUAUUUAAAGCACUUUUUAUUUUCACUAAUGUACAAUAUCUUUAGUUCAGUGACACUUUCCCAUGUAGUGUGUGUUUAUGUAAAAGGUUUUUAUUUUUGCUGUUGGACUCUUAACAUUAAGUGAAAAACUUUGGCUUACACUAUAUACAAUUUUUUAAAACAAGUUUUUGGGUUUUUUUGGUAUGAACAUCAUGUUGUAAAUUGAUAGUAAGUGUGCCAUCAUUUGUAAGUCAUUAUACUAAUGACCUAACUUCUGGCCUUAUUCCAGUUGCCCCAUAUAUUGGAUAUAAAUUUUAAGUGUUCUGUACUUCUACUUUGCUACAAAUACGAGACUUACACUUAUCACAUUUGUAUAGCUGAAAUUCAAUUCCCCUAAUACACAACACACAAUUCCAAAUAAGCUUACUCUAGGUGGUAUGCAAUAACACACGAAAUGCCAGCAUGGUGUUUAAAAAAUAAAAUGGAUACUGAUGGAAGCAAUAAUUUUCUCUAUAUUGUAAAUAGUUAGUUGCCAAAAGUACUAGCACCCCAAUCCUUCAAAUACUUAACACAUGCAACUUCUAUAUUGUACCUAGUUCUUGGUGAAGUUUAUAGGAUUACAUGUGUGAGUAAAGCAAUGCACUUUUUUCACUGUUUGCAGAAUCAGGGCCUGAAUUUGAACUAUUAAAUAUAUUUUCUUUGUAAACAUUCAGAUUUUUCAGUGCCUUAAAUUUUUAUUAUUUUAAAACCACUUUUCACCAACGUCUUCAGUUUCACACAGGCAUGAUUUUUCUGCUUAUGUAACUUUUUGCAAACUAAGAUUCUGGCAUUGACCUCUAAUAACUUGAAAUUGUAAACACUAACUUUCCUGUCAAAACAGUUCAAAAACAAGUUUGAGAAAUUGGAGGCUUUACUCAAAUGACCCAUUUUCACUAAAGAAUGGUCCGAGGUUGUUUUGGGUUUUGUUUUUUCCAAGCAAAAUUGUGUAAAGUUAGCCUGCUAUUAUGAAAACACAAUCUGAAAUACUGGGUUUUUUUUUUGUUUGUUUUUUGACAUUUCAAUUUUGUUGCUUGUAUUUCAGUCUUACUGGAUACACCAAUUUGUAUUGCUAUUUUAUGUGGUCUAGGAAGGUUUUACUUCCAUCAAAAAUUUGUUAUAUGAUAAAUUAAAUAGUUACAUUGUUCAUAUUGAUAAAACAGAUUAGUUUAUUUCUUGGACUGGAAAAACAACUUCCACUUUAAUAUGGGCACCUACCCUUGUAAGUAGAUGAAACAGUUACACAGAACAAUAAGAUGGUGUCUAGGGUGGUUAAUCCAAACCAAUGUUAAUGCAAGUGGCGUUUUGUGUUCAUUAUUAUAAACGUGGGUAGUGUGAAUUAUAUUCUACUUCCUGCAUGCCUGCUUUUGGCCACGUCUGCUCCCUCUGAAUUCAAUGGCAACACUCUCUGUAGACUACAAGGAGAGCUUCACUUUGGUGCUUUGACGGUCUCCCAGUGGAGAGCUGCCACAUUGCAAAAAAAAAAAAAAAAAAAAAAAAAAUCAUCAGAGUUAGUGGCAGAAUAAGCAGAGGGCAAAACCCAGAUGGGCAAUGAAGAGGGACUUUUAGGGAAGGACUCAAGUGCCUCCAGGUCAGGGUGGAAGCACUUUAACAGGACAGCAUGUGUAGUUUGCAUUGUGCUGUAGAUCAACACAGGACUUUCUUUUAAUUGCAGGCCUCUUUAUUUGGCAGUUUUCACCAACUUUCUCAAUUCAAUAAUGCUGUUUGGUUUUGUUUUUAAUAUAAAACCCAAUGAAUUUAUGGUUAUAUAUGUUCUACUUAGUCACUGUAUAUAGAUCACUGCAUAUAGGUCGCUUCCAAAAUGAAUAAGUGGAUUAUAGUUCAUACUAAAUUUAAUAUUAAACUUUCUACUGUUUUUUAAACAAUUUGCUUUAACUUUGAUAACUUGGUUACUCAUUUAUCAGACCUGCAGUUAUUUCCAGCAAGUAUGUAUUCUACACAUUUUACAUGUAAAAAUAUUAUUAUACAACUGCCAGUGUACUUUAACAAGCUUUUAUUUAUAGACUGUGUUAAAGUCACAUGCUGUGCAAUCUCUCUCAUUAAAUAUGCUUCACUUUAGUUUUUGCUUGAAAGGGUUGGGUUAUGCUCAGUUGUCUAAUUAAAUAAAACCUUGUUUGACUUAUUCAGUUA